UGUUAUUGUUCUGCUGUGAAAUUAACAUGACUUAUUUUUGUGCUUGAUUCAAGAAAAGAUACCACGCUACUCAAAGAAAAAGGGGUAAAAAAGGAUGUACAGAAACCAAUGAAUUGACGGACAUAACAAAAUCAGAAAGAUCUGUAAUUACCUCCUUUGAUCAAACUACAGUUUAGUUUAUAUUUGAAAACAUCAGAAUCAUGCUUGAGGAAACAGUCAGACCUGUGAAGAUUAGGGUAUUGAUGAUGCACUAGAAAAGGAACACAUUAAAAAACAUUAUGCUGAGUUAGACAAAUCUGUGAAUUCAAAACACAUAAUGCAGAAUUUGAGCAACACAUAACAUGCAUAAGAACACAGCACAGAGUUUGAUGAACAAAUUUAAACACAUACUGCAAAGUUACAUGAGCAUAUCUAUAUGUCGUUAAGUGUGUAGUCAGAGACAUGAGAACCUACACUAGAGAUACUCUUUAUAAAUGUGAUAUAUAUAUAUAUAUAUAUAAUAUAUAUUAUAAAUAUGAUAUAGGGUUUGAUCAUAGUUCAAACUUACAGAUUGAUAUGAGAACAUACUGGUGAUAAACCUAAUAAAUGGGAUGAAUGGGGUUCAAGGAUUUAGUCAGAGCCAGCUUCUGAAGAGACACAGACACUAGAAUACACACUUAUGAUAAACCUUAUAUAGGUGACGAGAUAAGCCAUAGUUUAAACUUACAAAUUAAGAUGAACUCACAUACUGGUGUUAAACCCAAUACAUGUGAUAUAUGUGGUAAAGGGUUUGCUCAUAGUUCAACCUUAGGGAGACACAAAAGAACACACACUGGUGAUAAACCUUAUAGAUGUGAUGUAUGUGGUAAAAAUUUUGCUGACUGUUCAAACUUAAACAGCCACAUAAGAACACACACGGGUGAUAAACCGUAUAAAUGUAAUAUCUGUGGUAAAGGGUUUGCUCAAAGUUCAACUUUAUGGAGACAUAUAAGAACACACACUGGUGAUAAACCUUAUAGAUGUGAUAUAUGUGGUAAAGGGUUUACUCAGAGUAAUGAUAUGCAGAGACACAUGAGAAUACACACUGGUGAUAAACCGCAUAAAUGUGAUAUAUGUGGUAAAGGGUUUGCUCAAAGUUCAACAUUGCAGAGACAUUCGAGAACACACACUGAUGAUAAACCUUAUAUAGGUGAUGAGUUUAGUCAUUGUUCAAACUUACAAAACUUACAAAAGAUGAAAUCACAUACUGGUGAUAAACCUGAAACAUGCAAUAUAUGUGGUAAAGGGUUUGCUGAUAGUUCAACAUUGCAGAGACACACGAGAACACACACUGAUAAUAAACCAUAUAUAAAUGAUGAGUUUAGUCAUAGUUCAAACUUACAAAGCUUACAAAAGAUGAAAUCACAUACUGGUGAUAAACCUAAUAUAACAUGUGAUAUAUGUGGUAAAUGGUUUGCUCAUAGUUCAACCUUGGGGAUACACAGAAGAACACACACUGGUGACAAACCUUAUAAAUGUGAUGUAUGCGGUAAAAGUUUUGCUCAGAGUUCAAACUUAAAGACACACAUAAGAACACACACUGGUGAUAAACCUUAUGAAUGUGAUAUGUGUGGUAAAGGGUUUGGUGUUUCUUCAAACUUGCACAUACACAUGAGAACGCAUACUGGUUAUAAACCUUAUAAAUGUGAUAUAUGUGGUAAAAAAUGUAAUCAGAGUAAUGCUAUGCAAAAACACAUGAGAACACACAUUGGUGAUAAACCGCAUAAAUGUGAUCUAUGUGGUAAAGGGCUUAGUGAUAAUUCAACAUUGCAAAAACACAUGAGAAUACAUACUGGUGAUAAACCUUAUAAAUGUGAUGUGUGUAGUAGAGAGUUUGGUGAUCGUUCAAACUGGCAGAGACACAUGAGAAGACACAUUUCUGAUAAUUAAACUUAAUAAAUGUGAUAUGUGU